CGGUACUGUAGAAAUGGAGCGGAACGGCCACCGGCGGUAGGCUACUUUUUAUACUUUGCCGAAUAAACAUACAAUGACAGAUGCAAGUGCCUACAGUAAGAUUCAUGCAAUUUAGAUGAUUAAAUUCUUCAUUUUCAAUUAUUUACCGUGAAUCAUGCCAAGGAAGAAGAAGAAGUACAAUGCCCGAUUUCCGCCUGCACGAAUCAAGAAGAUAAUGCAGCUAGAUGAAGAUGUCGGCAAGGUUGCAGCUCCUGUGCCUGUUCUUAUCUCGAAGGCGCUGGAGAUUUUUAUAGAAUCCCUCCUGACGAAAUCGCUGCAACAAACGCGAGCAAGGAGUGCCAAGACAAUGUCAACCUCUCACAUUAAGCACUGCAUUCAGAGUGAGAGCACGUUUGAUUUCCUGAAGGAUCUUGUGGAGAACGUGCCAGAUAUGCCCUGUGAAGAGGAUGAGGGGGGCCCACCUCCAGUGACUCACAGAACAGAGCGUAAACACAGGCAACAGAGGCCGAGGAAGAAACGGGGGGACAAAGAUGGAGAAGCUGGGCCUAGUAACAGUCAGCUUGUCAAGCAGUCAUCAGAAGAGCCGUCAUCCUCAGAGGAUGACACUGAGACAGAGGAAGAAGAAGGAAUGAGCAAUAGUGAUAGCAACAAUGUCUCUCAAGACUCGCAAUCUUUACCAACUGGCCCAGUUCAGAUCCCCAGUGCUGCAGUUAUCCAAGGCCUACCCCAACACAUACCCCACCCAGUACCCUCACUACCUAUGCCUACCAUGGGAGUCUUUCAGGCCCCUGCAUCUGCCUCAGGGACCAUUCAGACAGGGAUGGGGGCGUACCAAGCCCCCAAGAACAACAGCACCGAUGACGACGAGAACUAUGACACAUAGCAAACAAGUUGGCUGCACUCAUUAGCAUUGUUAUUUUUUUUAGUGCAGUAAGCUACAUCAAUAUUCUACUGUGAAUGUGCACAUUAAAGCUGUGUUCCCUGUGCUCUUCAACAAAUUCAUUCCCCCCCCCCCCCAUCAAUAAAUCAGGCAUGCAAC